UUAGUCAGUGUCAAGCGGUCAGACAAUCGAGUUGAUCUCCCUCUAUCCUAGUAGUCGGCCAGUGCAGCCCAAAUCUGAAUCUCGACCAUGCCUUCGGAAGGAUCCACCCUGGGAGCUGCUCCCACCAAAUCCCUCCUCAAGCAACCUUCUACGUCCAUGUCCGCGAAGCUCAGGCCGAAGCCCCUCUUGCGAUCCGACAAUAAGGAGAAGGACUACUAUCCAGAAAGCCCAGGUGUCGUUCGGCGCAGAAAGUCGGCCAGCGCCGUGGAACAGCUGGAGACAGGCAACGAGCAGAGCUUCCCAUGCAUAAACGACUGGGCUGGCAGUACAAUAGAGCUUACACCAGAUGUGGGUUCCGGACCAGGAUCUUCCUUAACCGAUGGACUAAGAAGAAGUCUACAUCGUGUAAUUGAGAAGAAUGGCAAGGAGAACGUGGUGUUCCGGCGAAUUCCAGAGAAGUCCUGGCGGUACAUGCGGGAUCUAGUCAACACGCUGAUGGAGCUGGAGUGGAAGUACAUGCUGACCCUGUUCCUGGGCAGCUACUUCCUCAGCUGGCUGUUCUUCGCCGCCAUCUGCUACGUGGUGGCCCUCUACCACGGCGACCUGAUCUUCGACCCCCUGACCGGAGAGCGGAUGGGCAAGGGCGAGGAGCCGUGCAUAUACGGCGUGGAGAACUGGGUGGCCAUGAUCCUGUACUCGGUGGAGACGCAGACCACCCUGGGCGGAGGGAAGUACGCCAGUGAGGAGUGCGCGGAGACCAUAUUCCUGUACGUCAUGCAGAUGAUGAGCUCGGCCCUGAUCGAGGGCUGCAUGAUCACCGUGAUCUAUGCCAAGACAGCCCGUCCUGCACGGCAGAUAACCAAGCUCAAGUUCAGCGACAAGGCGGUGAUCUGUUAUCGCGACGGGCAACUGUGUUUGCUCUUCCGCGUGUGCGAUCCCCGCGAGCAGCAGUCCAUUGAGUCCAAGAUACGGGUCUACAUUAUCGUGGACAAGCGCACUCGCGAGGGCGAGAUUGUGAAGACCCACGUGGAACUGAAGCUGGAGGGCAAUGGGGAGCAGAUCAUCCUCUGGCCCGACGUGGUGUGCCAUGUCAUCGACGAGUCCAGUCCGCUGGCCCAGUUCACCACCGCCAAGCUCUUCAACGCCGCCCAGUUCGAGCUGUAUGUGUCCAUCGUGGGCACCUCCCCCGCCACAGCCCAACUGACGGAGGCCAAGACCUCCUACGUGCCAAGCGAGAUUUUCUGGGGCCAGAGGUUCAUCAACAUCAUCCACUACGACGAGGAGGGCGAACGCUACGUCGUGGACUACAAGAAUUUCAACACCACCAUUUCGGUGGACAUGCCCAUGAGGCUGCCGGCAAAGGAUCAGCUGAAGUCUGUAGGAAACUAGAAAGAUGAACCCUUUAUCUUUUAAAAAAAUCCUCUUUAACCCUAUGAUUUUGUUUUAACUUAAGCUUUUAUAGGAAAAUGUUUUUCUCUGAUUAAAAGAAUAAUAUUUAAAUAAA